AUGUUCUCUGCCAUGCUGAUGGACGCCUACCGCGACGAACGCCCCGGGAUCCGCAUCGCCUACAGGACGGACGGUCACCUCCUGAAUCAACGGCGGAUGCACUUCAAAUCGCGCGUAUCCACAACCACCGUGCACGAACUCCUCUUCGCCGACGACUGCGCCCUGAACACCACCUCGGAAGAGGAGAUGCAACGGAGCAUGGACCUGUUCUCCGCCGCCUGCGAGAACUUCGGUCUGGUCAUCAACACACAGAAGACGGUGGUGAUGCACCAACCGCCACCCAACUCGGCCACAGCCCCCAACGCGCCGCCGCAAAUCAGCGUGAAUGGGACCCACCUGCAAGUGGUGGAGAACUUCCCGUACCUGGGCAGUACUCUCUCCCGCAACACCAAGAUCGACGACGAAGUCGCCAACAGGAUCUCGAAAGCCAGUCAAGCCUUCGGUCGCCUCCAAAGCACAGUUUGGAAUCGUCAUGGUCUCCAACUGAGCACGAAGCUGAAGAUGUACAAGGCCGUCAUCCUGCCGACGCUACUGUAUGGAGCGGAGACUUGGACGGUGUACGCAAAGCAGGCACGUCGUCUGAACCACUUCCACCUCAGUUGUCUUCGUCGCAUCCUGAGGCUGAAGUGGCAGGAUCGAAUCCCCGACACUGAUGUGCUGGAACGGACGGGAAUCCUCAGCAUCUACGCCAUACUGAGGCAAAUUCAGCUGCGCUGGAGCGGCCACCUGGUGCGCAUGGACGACGAGCGACUACCCAAACGACUCUUCUACGGAGACGUCGCGACGGGUUCUCGCCGUCAAGGAGGCCAGAUUCGCCGUUACAAGGAUACCCUGAAGUCCUCCCUGAAAUGCCUGCAAAUCAACCCCACCAACUGGGAGGAGCUCGCACUAGAUCGACCGGCCUGGAGGAGGACAGUGAAGACAGGCGCUGCGAUCUACGAAGCCAACCGCAUCACUGCCGCCAAAGCGAAACGUGAAGCCCGCAAAUCACAACUUCGCCCAGUAAGCAACGCCGCCGCACAACCGCUUCCAACGUGUCCUCGAUGUCAACGGACAUUCCGGGCUCGAAUCGGACUUGUUGGACAUCUUCGGAUUAACUGCGCCUCUCGAACGGCACCAACCAUCGUCCCCCCGCCUGCCUCUUCCUCCUCCUCCUCUCCGCCGCCAACUAACCCUGACAAUUCUCCUGACCCAUCACUUCCACCAUCCUCCUCCUCCUCCUCCUCGCCCACUGCUCCAACGGCGGCCGCUCAGGCGACUGUCCCGCGCACAGCAACCGACACUACCACCACCUCCCCGACUCCAGGGAUGAGAAUCAGGACUACACCUGCCCUCACUGCGACCGUACCUUCACCUCACACAUCGGUCUGGUCGGUCACUUGCGAAUCCAUCGCACAGAGACUGGCGAACCAGUGCGUGAAGCACCAAACUACACCCACCGCACUCGCCUCCACUGCCCACACUGCCCUCGCACUUUCAGGCAUCGCAUGGGCCUUUUCGGCCACAUGCGCAUCCACGAGAGCGGCCUUGACCGCACUCCCGACACACCCACCACAUCCAACACAUCCACCGUGCACACCCCCACCCUCGUUUCAUCCGUCCGCGACACCACCACCACCGCCGCCUCCUCUGUAG